GACUCCAUCUUAGUUUCUCUUUUUCCAUUGGUUUUUUCCUCCUCGCUUCUACUUCUUCAAACCAAGAACCUCCCCAGCUGUUUCCUGCAAGAAAACAUACAUAGUUAAUUGUAUCUCACGUUUGUUUUGAAUAUUGUGCCUCCGUCCCCACUACUGUCAAAGCCAAAGAAGUCUGAUGAUCUCAUCAGUACCCUUCAAUCCCACUAACACUAGUAUAAAUACGGCACCCCGAGCUCUCUUUGCUGCAUCUCACAUUGAUCGAUUACGUAUAAACCUAGUUUUAUUUAUUGCACCAAAAAGUUUGUGUUGUUCAACAUGACAACCGCUCACAAAUACUACGCCUUUUUUGUGUUUUUUCUGUUCCUAAACUCUAUUUUCAUUGCAACUGAAGCCCGUCCCUUCAAUGUCAUGGAGACUCGAAGUGCUGUUGAUCAUGGAGGGUGUGGUGGUUUCUUUGAUGGUUUGUCUCUCGGAGCAAUCAAGCAAUCGGGUCCGAGUCCUGGAGAUGGACACAAGUUUACACAACAGCAAAUCCUUGGAGGAAUCAAGCAGUCUGGCCCGAGCCCUGGAGAUGGAAACAAGUUUACACAACAACAUACCCUUGGAGGAAUCAAGCAGUCUGGCCCGAGCCCUGGAGAUGGACACAAGUUUACACAACAACAUACCCUUGGAGGAAUCAAGCAGUCUGGCCCGAGCCCUGGAGAUGGACACAAGUUUACACAACAACAUACUCUUGGAGGAAUCAAGCAAUCUGGCCCGAGCCCUGGAGAUGGAAACAAAUUUACACAACAAACUCUUGGUGGAAUCAAGGACUCUGGCCCAAGUCCUGGCGACGGAAACAAGUUUACACAACAACAAACUUUUGGUGGAAUCAAGAACUCUGGCCCAAGCCCCCCUGGCCAGGGUCACGGCUAUGUUAAUGGCGUGCACCAAUAACGACUGUUGCUUGAACCUAUUUAGGAAUAUCCAGAUUAAAUGUUGAUUGCGUCACAAUAAGUUCUUUUUUAAUUAUUCAUUUGUUUGUUGUGUACAAGCAAAGAUCAACUUUAACUACUCUUUAGCACACAGCGUAAUUAUAUAUGGUUUAUCCACUUUGUUUUGUAAUAAUGGAUUUGUUGCCCUUUUGUCUGGAUAGACUAGUCAAUACCAAAUAAAUAUACCGAUUCAUACCA